AUAAAUUGACAGUUAGUAUAUAUACAUAUAUCAAACGCCCCGCCCCGUGACUUUAAGCAAUAUAUAUCGCCAACGCAAACACAUGCAACCAUCGCCCAUCUCUAGUCUCUCUUUUUGAUGUCUUGUGCAUUCGACAUCGUUUAGUUUUGCUGUAAAAUAGCGCAGACAAACGACCGCGUAGAAAGUCAACGAAGAUGUCGCGUUUCUUUGCCAACGGGUCCGACUCGGAGUCCGAGUCCAGCGAGGAUGAGAUCCAAGCGACCAACUUCAACAAAGCCAGCGCCUUUCAAUUCAGCGACGAUGAGGAAGAGGUCAAGCGCGUGGUCCGCUCUACGAAGGAGAAGCGUUACGAGAAUCUAACCAGCAUCAUCAAAACCAUUCGCAACCACAAGAAAAUCAAGGAUAUCCCCAAUACCCUGAGCAGCUUCGAGGAUCUGACGCGCGCCUACCAAAAGGCACUGCCGGUCAUUUCAAAGGAGGAGAACGGCAUUACGCCGCGAUUCUACAUUCGCUGCCUGGCCGAGCUGGAAGACUUUAUCAACGAGGUGUGGGAGGAUCGCGAGGGCAGGAAGAAUCUUUCCAAGAACAACUCCAAGUCGCUGGGCACACUGCGCCAAAAGGUACGCAAGUACAUCAAGGACUUCGAGGACGAUCUGUCGCGUUUCCGUGAAGCACCCGACCAGGAGAGCGAGGCCGAGGACGAGGUGGUGGCCCAGGAGAGCGAUGGCGGCGAUGCUGGUGAUGACAGCGAUGCCGGAGUGAAGCCCACAGAAGCGGCUCCGAAAGCGGUGAAGUCCGCGCCUGCAAAGGCUGCGCCCGCCGAUGACGAUGAUUCCGAUGACUCCAUUGAUUGGGACUCGGACUCUGAAUCGGAAACUGAGUCCUCCGACGAUGAGAACCAGUACCAGAACAUGCGCGAGCGUUUCUUGAAGCGUACUACCGAAAAGGAGGAAAAGGACGACGACAAGAGGAAGGACAAGCGUAAGGAGCAGAAGAUCAAGAUCCGCAAGCGCGCCGAGGACGAUGAGGAUGGCGAGUGGGAGACCGUGGUCAAGGGUCAUGUGGUGGAGAAGCCCAAGAUGUUCGAAAAGGACGCAGAGAUCGAUGUUCCCCUGGUGCUGGCCAAGCUGUUGGAAAUUAUGUCCGCUCGCGGCAAGAAGCGCACCGAUCGCCGUCUGCAGAUCGAUCUUCUGUUCGAGCUGAGGGACAUCUCCGAUCAGCACAACCUGGGCACCGCCGUCUCCGUGAAGAUUCACUUUAACAUCAUCUCGGCUAUCUACGAUUACAACCAGAAGAUUUCCGAGCCCAUGAAGCUAGAGCACUGGGCUCUGCUUCUGGAGGUGAUGCAGAGUAUGUUGAAGCUUCUGCUGGCCAACUCCGACAUCAUUAUGAGCGAAAGCGUGGCCGAGGAGCACGAGGAAUACGUCACGGCGCCGUUUUACGUGAGGGGAUGCCCACUGGCUGCCGUGGAGCGCCUGGAUGACGAGUUUGUCAAGCUGCUAAAGGAAUGCGAUCCACACUCGAACGACUACGUGUCCCGACUGAAGGACGAGGUGAACGUGGUGAAGACCAUUGAACUGGUGCUGCAGUAUUUCGAACGUUCUGGCACCAACAACGAGCGCUGUCGUAUCUACCUGCGCAAGAUCGAACAUCUCUACUACAAGUUUGAUCCGGAGGUGCUAAAGAAGAAGCGCAAUGAAGUGCCAGCCACCACCUUGACCUCCGUAGACGUAAUGGAUAAGCUGUGCAAAUUUAUCUACGCCAAGGACGACACGGAUCGUAUCCGUACAAGGGCCAUCCUGGCGCACAUCUACCAUCAUGCCAUGCACGACAACUGGUUCCAGGCCCGUGAUCUGGUGCUGAUGUCUCACCUGCAGGACAACAUCGACGCCGCAGAUCCCGCUACCCGCAUCCUGUAUAACCGCAUGAUGGCCAAUCUGGGACUGUGUGCCUUCCGCCAGGAGAACGUCAAGGAUGCGCAUCACUGUCUGGUGGACCUGAUGGUCACCGGCAAGCCCAAGGAGCUGCUCGCCCAAGGACUACUGCCUCAGCGCCAGCACGAGCGAUCUGCCGAGCAGGAAAAAAUCGAGAAGCAACGCCAGAUGCCAUUCCACAUGCACAUCAACCUUGAGUUGCUCGAAUGCGUCUACCUGGUGUCCGCUAUGCUGCUUGAAAUUCCUUACAUUGCCGCCCACGAGUUCGACGCCCGCCGCCGCAUGAUCAGUAAGACGUUCUACCAGCAGUUGCGCUCCUCAGAGCGUCAGUCUCUGGUGGGACCACCAGAGUCGAUGCGUGAGCACGUCGUGGCUGCCGCCAAAGCGAUGCGUUGCGGCAACUGGCAGGCGUGCGCCAACUUUAUCGUCAACAAGAAGAUGAACACGAAGGUUUGGGACCUCUUCUACGAGUCCGAUCGCGUGCGCGAGAUGCUGACCAAGUUCAUCAAGGAGGAGUCGCUGCGCACCUACCUGUUCACCUACUCGAACGUCUACACCUCGAUCAGCAUUCCCUCGCUGGCGCAGAUGUACGAGCUGCCCGUGCCGAAAGUGCACUCCAUCAUCAGUAAGAUGAUCAUCAACGAGGAACUCAUGGCCAGCCUGGACGACCCAUCCGAAACAGUGGUUAUGCACCGCUCGGAGCCAUCGCGUCUGCAGGCCCUGGCCAUGCAGUUCGUUGACAAGGUCACAAAUCUGGUGGACGUCAACGAAAAGGUGUUCGACAUGAAGCAGGGCAACUUCUUCCAGCGCGGCAACAUGGGCAAUCGCGGAGACCGUGGCUACAACCGCAACCAGAACAACCAGGGCGGCAAUUGGCUUGGCCAGCGGCGGGAUCGCAACAACCGCAACCGUAACCAGCGCGGGCACCACAAGAACAACCAAGAUAGGCAGCAGCAGCAACAGCAACAAGUCCAAACCAUCGACGAGGAGUAGACGUUGCUGCAUCCACAGCCCAUCCUCUCCAGCGAGCGUUAGCUUAAACAUCAGCAAAACUUAAACAGAUCAAAUUUGUAGCACUUCGACUAUUAAAAUGGAAUGGCCAUGGACAACAAGUUGGGUCAAAUGCUGUCAGGCCUCCGAUUCGGUUCCCGACUGGGUCGGAGGUCUGUUUUUAUCAUCCAUUGUAUCCAUUGCAUAUUGUUGUAGCCAAGUCACACAUCAAUUUGUUUCAGCGCUCAUUACGUUAAAUGAUAAUACUAAUAACUACAUUUUGUAUGAACCCAAAACUGAAAAAACCUUAAAAACAAGAGAAAGAAAA